AUGGCAGAAGAUGGCGCUGUAGCCGGAAGAGAGUCUUUGGGCAUUUACCAAUGUUGUUGUGGUGUUGUCUUGCACAGAUCUCUCUACCACCUCAGCCGCUUGGCUGUUCCUCACCUCAUCCACAGCAAGGGCUGCAUUGUUAACGUGUCCAGUGUCAAUGGUCAGCGCUCGUUUCCGGGUGUGCUGGCCUACUGCAUAUCGAAGGCAGCGGUGGAUCAGUUCACACGGUGCCUGGCCCUCGACCUGGCGCCCAAGGAGGUUCGGGUGAACGCUGUCAGCCCAGGAGUGAUCGUCACAGAUAUCCACAAACGGGCUGGGCUGAACGAGGGCGACUACGCCAAGUUCCUGAACAAGUGCAAGGUGACACACGCACUGGGCCGGCCGGGGCAGGUGCAGGAGGUCGCCCAGGCCAUUGCCUUCCUGGCCUCCGAUGCAGCCUCCUUCAUCACCGGCGUCACCCUGCCUGUGGAUGGAGGCCGCCACGCCAUGUGUCCACGCUGAGGCCACGGCCACGCUGGCCCCGGCCCUGGUCACUCCCGGUCACUCCCGGUCACUCCGGGGCCAGUCCCAGUCACUCCCCGCCACUCUGGGGCCACUCUGGGGGACUCGGCCACUAGGGACACCGCUCCAAAGCCAGGCCGGGGAGAGAGGACAGAGACGGCAUGACUACCCCAUCCCCCCAACCACAAUAAACUUAACACUGCCUGCU